AUGAAUUUAACAAUUAAUUGUGAUAUGGGAGAAAGUUAUGGAAUAUGGAAAAUGGGCAAUGAUGAGGAAAUUAUGCCACAUGUACAUUUGAUCAAUGUUGCAUGCGGAUUUCAUGCUGGUGAUCCAAAUGAAAUGACAAAAACAAUAAAACUAGCCAAACUAUAUCCUCAUAUAAAAGUUGGUGCACAUCCUGGUUUACCUGAUUUGCAAGGAUUUGGAAGACGUGAAAUGAUAAUGAAUCCAGAUGAAAUUGAAAAUAUGAUUGUUUAUCAAGUUGGUGCUUUACAAGCGUUUUUGAAUAAAGAAGGCUUACCUUUACAUCAUGUUAAACCUCAUGGUUCAUUAUAUAAUAUGACUGCUCGUGAUGAAUUGAAAUGUGAUGCUUUGUGUAAAGCUAUAUUACAAUUUUCAAAUAACCAUAACGAUAAUAAGAACAUUGAUGAUGAAGUUACUGACAACAACAACAUAAAAUUAAUUGGUUUAGCAAAUAGUUAUCAUGAAAUUUGUGCAAAAAAAUAUAAUAUUCCAUUUAUACCAGAAUUUUUUGCAGAUUUAGAAUAUGAUAAUAAAGGAAAAUUAAUAAUAACACGCAAGCACGAUCCUAUUAAUAUAAAUAAAGUAAUUAGACAUGUUGAAGUAGCAUUAAAUGCUAACAAAAUAAUAGCAAAUGAUAAUACAACUGAAUUAUUUAUUCGAUUUGAAACAAUAUGUGUACAUUCUGAUACACCAAAUUCGGUUGAAGUUGCAAAAACUGUAAAUGAUGUUUUAAAACAAUGGAAAGUAAACAAACAUAUGCAAGAAAAUAAUAUUAAAAUAUUAAUAGCAAAUAGAGGUGAAAUUGCUAUUAGAAUUAUAGAAACAUGUAAAAGAUUAAAAUUGAAAACAAUUGCCGUAUAUACUGAACAAGAUGAAUAUUCUCUUCAUACAUUAAAAUCAGAUGAAUCAGUAUUAAUAUCAAAUUAUACAAAUAUUGAUGAAAUUUUAGAAAUUUGUAAAAAUAAUAAUGUUACUGCUUUACAUCCAGGUUAUGGAUUUUUAAGUGAAAAUCAUGAAUUUGUAAGAAAAUUAGAAAAUGAAAAUAUAAUAUUUAUAGGACCAAAAUCAGAAAUUAUUCAAAAUUUUGGUUUGAAACAUUAUGCUCGUAAUUUAGCUAGACAAUUAAAUAUACCAAUUAUUCCUGGUUCAACAAAUUUAUUACCAAAAAAUGAUGAUGAAGCUUUUCAAAUAGCAAAAAAUGAUGUUAAUCAAAUUGGUGGUUAUCCAAUAUUAAUUAAAGCCACAGGUGGAGGUGGUGGUAUUGGUAUGCAAAUUUGUAAUAAUGAUAAUGAACUUUUAUUAGCAAUACAACAAUGUCGGAAUAAAGCAUUAUUAUAUUUUAAUAAUAAUGAUAUUUAUAUUGAAAAAUAUUAUCCUAAUAGUCGUCAUAUUGAAGUACAAAUAUUUGGUAAUGGUAAUGGCGAAAUUAUUCAUUUAGGUACUCGUGAAUGUUCAAUUCAAAGAAGAUAUCAAAAAAUAAUUGAAGAAUCACCUUCACCUUUUUUUCUAAAUAAUAAUAAGAAUAUAUUAGAUGAUUUAUAUAAUUGUGCCAUAAAACUAGCUCAAUCAGUAAAUUAUUAUUCCGUUGGCACUAUUGAAUUUCUAUUAAUUGAUAAUGGUCCAAAUGAUAAUGAAACUGGGAAAUUUUAUUUUUUAGAGAUGAAUACAAGACUACAAGUUGAACAUGGAAUCACUGAAAUGGUUAACAAUAUAGAUUUGGUUGAAUGGAUGAUACAAUUAAGUUUAAAAGAUUAUAAAUUCCAAUUUAAUCAUUUAUUGCUAAAUAAUAUAAUUGAUUUUAAUAAUCAUAUUCAGUAUGUUUAUUUACCAAAUGGUCAUUCAAUAGAAGUACGUAUUUAUGCUGAAGAUUCAAAUCAUGAUUAUAUACCCUCAUCAGGUUUAAUUACAUUUAUCAAAUGGCCAAAUCAUUAUCAUUGGUUACGAAUUGACACUUGGAUUACAAUAGGUACAAAAAUUACUUCAAAUUAUGAUCCUUUACUUGCUAAAAUAAUGGUUUAUGGUAAUAGCCGUGAUCAUACAAUUAAGAGAAUGAAUAAAGUUUUAGAUCAAUUGAUUAUUUCUGGUCCUAUUACAAAUUUAGGUUUACUAAAAACCAUUUUUCAAAAUGAAGAUUUUAUUAUUGGUAAUACAACUACGAAAUUUAUAAAAUCAAUCAGUUAUACACCAAAUGGUAUUUAUGUAUUACGAGGUGGUACAGAAACUACAAUACAAGAUUAUCCUGGACGAUUAGAUUUACGUGUAUAUGGUAUACAACCAUGUGGUCCUAUGGAUCAAUUAUCUUUUCAGUUAGCUAAUCUAAUUGUUGGUAAUCAACUAAACACUGAAGCUUUGGAAAUUACUCAUUAUGGUCCUAAACUAUUAUUUUAUAAUUCAAUUCAUAUUGCUAUUACUGGUGCUCUAUUUAAAAUCGAAUUGUUGUUACCUUAUUCAAGAUCCUCAUUAGAAUUACCAAUGAAUGCAAAAUUAUUUAUACCUGCAGGUUCAAUACUUGAUAUUCAAUCUAUAAUUAAUAUUACUAAUAACGGUGGUUGUCGAUGUUAUCUUGCUAUUUUAGGUGGUAUUGAUGUACCUACUUAUUUAUAUUCAAAAUCAACUUUUAUAUCUUGUAGUGCUGGUGGACAUCAAGGUAGAGCUUUAAAAAGCGGUGAUCUUUUACCUUGGUUCAAUAAUAAUAAUAAUAAUAAUAAUAAUAAUUCAGAUGUUGAUGAUAAUAAUAAUCUUGAAAAAAACAUAAUAAAAUUUGUAAUACCAAAUGAUAUCAUACUAAAAUUUACAACAAAUUGGGAAAUACAAGUACUAUUAGGGCCACAUGGUAAUCCUGAUUAUGUAGAUAACAAUAAUCUAAUGGAAUUAUUAAAUACCAAAUGGAAAGUUCAUUUUUCAAGUAAUAGAAUGGGUAUAAGAUUAAUUGGUCCAAGACCAAAAUGGGAAAGAUUAGAUGGAGGUGAAGGUGGUUCUCAUCCAAGUAAUAUACAUGAUUGUGGUUAUGCUCUUGGUAGUAUUAAUUUUACUGGCGAUAUGCCUAUUAUAUUAACUGCUGAAGGUCCAACACAAGGUGGAUUUGUUUGUCCUUUUACAAUUAUUUCGUCUGAUUUUUGGAAAGUUGGUCAACUAAAAUCUGGUGAUACUUUAAUAUUUAAACCAAUUACUAUGAAUCAAGCAUUAAAACAUAAAAAAUUAAUAAAUGAUUAUUUAAAUUACAUUAAAAAAUUAUUAGAUUAUUGUCCAUUAAUCAUACAAAAACCGAAAUAUUUUAAUGAUAUUAAUGAUUUAAUAUUAUAUAAUCAUUAUUAUAAAAAUGAUGAAUUUAAUAUUGAAACUAAUUCAUCCUUAUUAUUAGAAUAUAAACAUAACGAUAUAUUAAUACAAUAUCGUCAAGCUGGUGAUUGUUAUUUAUUAAUUGAAUAUGGUGACUCAAAAUCGGCUAUAAAUUUAUUAUUGCGUAUGCGUAUACAUCAAAUACAAGAACAUCUUGGUCUUAUUACAGAUUUAAAAACAAUGAAAACUAAACCCAUAUUAAAGGGUUUAAUUGAUUCUGCCCCAGCAAUUCGCUCAUUACUUGUACGUUACGAUCCUAUUCAUUUAUCACAAAAUACUUUAAUAGAAUAUUUACAAACCAUCGAAAAAUUAUUACCAUUUCAUAAUAAUAUUAAUUUGCCAUGUAGGAAAAUAUAUUUACCAAUUACAUUAGAUGAUCAUUGGAAUAAUGAAGCUAUUCAAUAUUAUAUGGAAACAAUUCGUUCCAAAGCUAGUUAUUUACCAAAUAACUUAAAAUUUAUUGCAAAUAAUAAUGGAAUUAUUGGUGAAAAUGAUAUUAACCAAAUAUCAAAUAUAUUGUUAGAAGCCCAAUGGUUAGUUAUUGGAAUUGGAUUUUAUCUUGGUUGUCCAUUUGCUAUUCCAAUAAAUCCGAGGCAUAGAUUAUCUGUACCAAAAUAUAAUCUUGCUAGAACUUAUACGCCUGAUGGUUCUUGUGGUCUUGGUGGUAAUGAUAUGGCAAUUUAUCCUAUUGAAAGUCCAGGUGGCUAUCAAUUGUUUGGAAGAACAAUACAAACUUGGUCAACAUUUGGUACAAUUGGAUAUCCAUUUACAAAUUAUCAACCUUGGUUAUUGAACAUGUUUGAUAUUAUUCAAUNUAUCUAUAUCAAUUUUAACGAAUGUGUAACUAUAUCAAAAUCGUAG